CUUCCUGGCCGGCCCCGGAAACCGGCAGGCGUCGGGAGGGUGGGGGAGAUAGCGGCAGCAGCAGCCCCAGCCCUCGGGGAGCCCGCAGGGAGGGAGGGAGGGAGGGUGCUGGGGGGCCGACCCCCCACCACCAUUCCUACCGCUAUGGGUCCAGCCUCCCACUCCCACUCGCACUCCAUCGGCCGGGGCUAGGAUACCCCCCCAAGCCUGCCCGCCCCCCUUGGCACCGACAGAGACAGAGACACAAGCAGCCGCCGCCACCGCUGCCGCAGCCUGGCUGGAGGGGGCCAGCCCCCCAGGCCCCCCACCCCACCGAGGUGGCCAGAAUGGAGCUGUGGCCCGGGGCGUGGACGGUGUUGCUACUGCUGCUUCUACUGCUGCUUUUCCUGCUGCCCACCCUGUGGUUCUACAGCCCGAGUGCCAAGUACUUCUUCAAGAUGGCCUUCUACAACGGCUGGAUCCUCUUCUUGGCUGUGCUCGCCAUCCCUGUGUGUGCCGUGCGAGGACGCAACGUUGAGAACAUGAAGAUCUUGCGUCUAAUGCUGCUCCACGUCAAAUACCUGUAUGGGAUCCGAGUGGAGGUGCGAGGGGCUCACCACUUCCCUCCCUCGCAGCCCUACGUCGUGGUCUCCAAUCACCAGAGCUCCCUCGACCUGCUUGGGAUGAUGGAGGUACUGCCAGGUCGCUGUGUGCCCAUUGCCAAACGUGAGCUCCUGUGGGCUGGCUCUGCCGGGCUGGCCUGCUGGCUGGCCGGAGUCAUCUUCAUCGACCGGAAACGCACGGGGGAUGCCAUCAGUGUCAUGUCUGAGGUCGCCCAGACCCUGCUCACCCAGGACGUCAGAGUCUGGGUGUUUCCUGAGGGAACAAGAAACCACAACGGCUCCAUGCUGCCCUUCAAACGUGGCGCCUUCCAUCUUGCGGUCCAGGCCCAGGUUCCCAUUGUCCCCAUAGUCAUGUCCUCCUAUCAAGACUUCUACUGCAAGAAGGAACGACGUUUCACCUCGGGACGAUGUCAGGUACGGGUGCUGCCCCCAGUGCCCACAGAAGGGCUGACACCAGAUGACGUCCCAGCUCUGGCUGACAGAGUCCGGCACUCCAUGCUCACCAUUUUCCGGGAAAUCUCCACCGAUGGCCAGGGUGGUGGUGACUGUCUGAAGAAGCCUGGGGGAAUGGGCGAGGCCCGGCUCUGAGCUCUCUUCCCACCUGUCCCGUCUUCCUUCCCGCACCUACCACCCACCCAGUGGCCCUCCUUGGGGUCCAGGCCCAGCCCUCUUCCCCCCCUCUUACUCCCCACUUAAGUCUUCUCUUUGGCAUCUCCAACUUCUGAAGCAAAUGUGGAUUUCGUGUCACUCCUUGUCCCUUCCUGGCUUCACCCGUGGACCGUCCUGCCUGGGUGCAGUCUCCACGCUGAUCCCCUCCUCCUGCCAUCUUAUCUGUGGCACAUCUGCCUCCCCUCAUCUCGAGUGGCUCAUUCUCAGGGGUGGGGGACAUUGCAUCCCAUUCCUGGUGGAUUCUUUCUUUGUGGUCGUCUCUCCCUCUCCAUCCCACGUUGACCAGUGGACUCAUCCAUUCUAUGGAACAAUUCACUCCCGAGCCCAUGGACCCAGUGGACUCAUCUGUUGGUGAGGACUCCUCGCCCUGUGGCUGGAAGCCGAAACCUGAACACUCCUCCAUCCUGGGAACCCCCUUGGCACCUUCAUCCACCUCUCCGAGACCCCCCUUAGUGGGGGCACACUCUUUUAACGCAGAGGUCUCAUCUCGGCCCUUGGCCAAAUGCGCAGGGUCGAGGACACUCUUAGAUGCCGGUUUGGUUUCUGUGUUUUUGUUUUUCCCUGUCCCUGGGAUACAGUUCUUCAGUGGUCCUGACCCAGGUAUCAGCCCCCCCUAUACCAACCUAACCAGACACUGGGGAGAGGCAGACAUCAGGUGCUGCACUCACCGGUCCCUGGGGAACUGGGGGAAGACCUGGACCCUGGCUGAAGGGGAGAGGGGAAUGUUAAUUUAUUUCUCUUUCUUUUGAGGCCGCCCCCUCUCUGAGCCAGUUGUCAUUUCCUCCCAGUGGUGUUGACUGCUCCCUGCCUCUCCCUCCAGACCUGUUCCCCUCCCCCCACCAGCCCAGGAGGUGUCUGGGAGCAGGAGAGGGUGGGAUCCAGUUUUGUGUGGUUGGCUUUUAUUAUCUUGAUAACAACAAGCAACUAAGAAUAAAGAGAGAGAAAGAGAGAGA